CGCAUCGAACGAGAUUCGGAACCAAACCAAACCGAAUCGAAUCGAAUCGAAUCGAAACCAAACGUUUAGUCUUGCGUCGAGGAGACUGGAUCUGUCCGGGACUUGACGCCGUGGACUCUUGGASCGCAAACCGUACCUAUUGUGGAUUCUUGGCUGUGGCCUGGAGAACGCAGGGAGCACUGGAAUAACGUUUUSUUUCGAAGCAAGCAAGCAAGCAARGAAGCAAGCAGGCAAGAACAGUCGCUCUUCGAAAGGCACGCGGCAACCCACUCUCUUUCUGUCUCGCUCCGCAAAACGAGGCAAAUGCCACCAUGGGAGCCCGCCACUCCAGCACGUCCGCCACCUACUACCACAACCGGUCCCUGCUAGCGGGACCGGCCACGAGCGGAGACGACGACGACGGCGGCCUCCGCUUUGCCGGGGAAAUCCUCGAGUCCUGCGAGCCGUCGAUCGCGGAGCAGUACGGCGUCGACGGCUACCUCUUUCCCGGAUCGGGGCGGAUGAUGCGGACCUUUCGGCUCCGCCACAAGACGAACGGAAGCCUGCUGGUGGCCAAGCUCAUGUGGGCCAGCUUUGAUCCCGGGGACGACGAGGGCGAGAACGGCAGCGACAACCACAGCAGCGACAACAGCAGCAGCGGCAGCGGCAGCAGCAACAACAACAACAACAACAACGAGAAAGAGAUCAGCAGCGGCAACAAAGACAAAGACAAAGACAACGAGACCGCAACCACGGACAACGACCAGAAAGACGGCCCGCCCAACGAGACGAAAACGGGCGCCGAAUCAAGCAGCGUCGGCAGCGGGAGCACCGCCCACACCGAGGCGAGCAGAACCAAAACCGCGAAUCCCUCUGCACGCAAGACGAACGCCGCGGCAGAAGCCGGAGCCGGCGGAUCCACGAACGCCAAGGAGGCGGCCUUGCACGCCCAGAAGAGAGAGCUCUCUUUCUUCUAUCGAGCGCUCGAGGGGAACCCCCACGCGGCUCCCUUUUUGUACUGGAAGGCCGGCCCGGAAGUCGUUCGGACUAACUACAACGCCAGCGUUGCGGUUCGACCGGCUCUCCUGUUGCGGCCCUACUUUUACACGACCCUGUCGGACCGGCUGGCUUCGCGGCCGUUUCUGACACACGUGGAAAAGUUGUGGAUCGUCUACCAGUUGCUACAGGCACUGGACCAUCUCCACAGCGGCGGCAGCAGCGGCAGUGCUGCGUCCUCCGCACSACCCUCCAUCGAGGGCAACGAGGACGGCAACGCCCGCGGGAGCAACGAACCCACCGGGGCACCGGCGGCAACGAAAUCGCCCAUUGUUCACGGAUUCUUGACCACGGAGAACGUUGGUCUCUCUAGCUGGAACUGGGUCGUGCUCCUGGACUUUUCGGCGAGCUACAAGGGACGCACGGCGCUUCCCGACGAUGAUCCCUCCGAAUACCUGUAUUACUUCCAGCUGCGCCAGACGGGAUCAGCGCAGACCAAUGCUUCCGCCGCGGGCAAUGCCGGUGACAACAACGGGGGCUUCCAGGGAUCGAUACAGGGUGGGGGUUCCCAGCAAACACAACCGCCCGGUACCUCCUCAUCGUCGCCAACGGAUUCCGGCACGAGCGCAACGCAUAGUCCAACCGACACCUCCGCGACGACAAGGGAAAAGCGGUGCUAUCUCGCCCCGGAACGCUUCUACACACCCGGAACCAAUGCGAGCAAAAAGGGCGACGGAACAGAAUCCCCGGGAGCGGUACCGAUAGGACCAAACGCCACCACCCAGAAGCUUACUCCCGCGAUGGACAUAUUUUCAGCUGGGUGCGUCAUCAUGGAAACCUUUCUGAACGGAGAACGGGCGUUUGAUCUGGGGGACCUGAUGGAAUACCGACAGCGAAAAACAUACACACCGACGCUGCAGCAAAAGCUCAACAAGAUCGAGUUUUCCGCCCUCCGGGCGGCCUGCAAAAACAUGCUCUCCCUGGAUCCGUCGCAACGGUUGUCGGCCGGAGAGUACCUGAAGCGCCUCGAGGCAUCGGGGCUCUUGCCGACUUCCUUUGAAACACUGGCGCGGCUGAUGAGAGAAGUGACCGCGACCACGCGCUCGCAAACAAACCCAGAAUUGGACGCGGAAGCCGCGGUGGUGACGCCCGAUGCCAGGCUUGCAAAGGCAGCCGCUUGCUAUUCGGAAAUCUUGCACGAGACGAUGGGCGUUAGCGAUCGGGAGGGCCAGGAAUACUUUGACCGGGURCUGGGAAGAACAGCGGUGGCCAUGAGGAACAACAAGACCAAGGAAAGCCCAGAAACCGAMACAACUGCAAACGAAUCGGGUCCGAACGAAGCGCCAGGCCAGAUCAAUGCCUCGUCCGUAGCGAUGACGGAGGAAAAGAAAGAAUCCGAACACGACGCCCUCUUUGCCGAGACAGAAGCCCUGCUAGAAAAGCUGGGAGCUCUCGCCAUUGACGAGGAUGAGGUCCUAUCCAUGGCUUCGGAGGACGCAGCAGCAAGGAAGCACCAAUCCGGAACUACCGCGGGGAAGGAGGGCGAGAAACACCCGAAUCGAAGCAAGAUCAACCRAUCGCAGCUCUCCGAAAGCUCUCUGCUCAUAUAUCUGCAGCUGGUGUUGUCCACCAUCCGRCACGUUCAGCGCCCCGCAAGCAAAUUGGUGGCACUCCAGCUCAUGAAGCGCAUCGGYGGGUAUUCUACGGACGAGGCCAGGCUCCAACGGAUCGUCCCGGUCGCGGUGUCCUUGCUGCAGGACCAGGACCCACUGGUUCGCGCUUCGGCGAUCGAGGUCCUGGCGUCCACCAUGAGCAUCGUGGAGAGCUUUCCGCCCUCCGAUUCGAAGGUCUUUCCCCAGUACGUSUUCAAACGGGUGGCCCACCUGGUCACGGAUCCUUCACUGGUGGUGCGCCUGGCGUUUGCCCGCAGCGUGGCCGUGCUGGCAGAGACCGCACACCGGUUUCUGGACAUUUCGCACGCCGUCCGGCUGUACGAAGCCGUCGGAGGGGAGGCAGGGGGCACAAGCGCUGGAAUUCCGAGCCAAAACGACGGUCCGCCCUCGAGUAACGUGUUUGGGGACGACGUGGCAAAGCUGCUCGGCGAGUCCGCCUCCUCCAACAAGAAGGAAAACUCCAAGUCACUGCGGAAAGCCGAGUCUUCCGAAACCGUUGGUUCCGAUAUGAAGGGAGCCACGAGAACCCUCAUCCGUAGCACGUACAACAGCGACCUUGCCGCCCUCCACGAAACCGUGUCUCGCUGGGUGAUCCACAUCACCACCGAUAUGUCGGAGCAUUCGUCACCGGCGAAACGGGCGUUGCUCGCGGACAUGGCCCGACUAUGCAAYUUUUUUGGUUUGGACGGCGUCAUGGCCUUCAUUCUGCCCCAGAUACUAUCCUUUCUGAACGACCGAAAGGACUGGCAGCUUCGAGCCGCCUUAUUUGAUCACCUCCCGGCCGUCUGUCACUUUAUCGGAAGAGCGGCAACGGAACAUUUUGUCUUGCCCAUUCUCGAAACCGCACUCGUGGACAGCGAGGAAGUGGUGAUUGGACGGGCUYUGCUCUGCCUGUCGGAGCUGCUCGUGAUGGGGCUKCUCUCCCGUGGGGUAUUUCUCGGACGACCGGCCGCACACGGAACCGAGRCAUCGCCGGGGUAAGUUUUUGACACGGGCGUGUUUCGAUCCCUGCGUUCGUUCGUUCCGGGGCACCGGCAUUGUUCCACUUGUUUGGCUCCCAUAUCGGUGCUCUGGAUUCGAAUUGUUUCUUCUAACCUGCGUUUCUUCUACCAGCUUGCUCCAAAAAUACGGGACGCUCUUGCUGCAUCCGUCUUCCUACAUUCGGUUCAAUAUCAUUGUUACGAUCAAUGCGCUCUGCAAGCUUGUUGGGUCCCUGGACGCCGAGGUUUUCGUUCUUCCACUCAUUCGUCCGUAUCUACGAUUCCAGCCGUCCACGGAGCAUUUGCUGACACCGAUUGGCCUCGAGCGAUGCCUCUCCGUGGCGUGGACUCGCGCGAGAUUCGAGAAMGAGCUCAACAGGCUCAUUGCCGCCAUGGAAUCGUCUCCCAUGGCCGGUCAGUGGACAACAAUCGCUCUCCAGAUCAAUGAUGGUGUUGCCGAAGACACGCCCCGAGAAAAAACAGCUGUAAAAACAGCAGAUAAAGCGGGGAAGGGAACGCCUGCCCAACAGGAAGAACUUUCCGACGACGAUGCCCUCCGAUCGAGUGCGUAUAUGCAAAUGCUCGCAAGGAGCAGAAAUUAUGCCGCGAAGAUGGGCUCKGACAGCGACAACCCAACACAGGACAUGAAAAAUGCCAUCGAAGGCUCGCUCAAGCUCGCACAGCAACUUCAUUUUCCACGCCAAGACAUCCUGGGGUCGCCCCCGGCAAMACUCCCGCAAUGGUAUGGCAUCCUGCUGGAAUGCAGGCACGACCACCGAGACAGCGUUCGCGAAACAGCUGCGAUCCGGUCCGUGUCUGCGCUGGGCCAGGUCUACGGUCUCUCUAUUAUGGACCAAGCGGCGGCAGCCAGUUUGAAAUACGAUGGCAUGACGGGCGAUCGAGCUGUCGAGCUCUUGAAUUCGGACAGAUCCAAAAGCAUAGAGGCAGCUUGUAGGGGAGAAUGGGGUUCGGAAACGUGCUUGGAUCCUGUUCUUACCGAUACGUCUCUGCUGCUGACGAAGUUGAAUGCGCUAGACGUUCCGCCCCUUCCACCGAGAUUGGGCGAGGAAAGGCCUCCGGUCCAGAAACUAGUACAGCCCCCUCGGCACUACGCAAGGGAAGCCGGCGAUCCACGUGAUUCUCAAGCGUGGAAGCCGAAAAUAGAUAACGUAGUUGCCACGUCGAGGAAAGCCGCAGGGUUUGGUCACACCGCACCAGUCAUCAGUCUCGCCGUCUCGAACGAUCAGAGGUUUUUCAUUUCCGGUAGCCACGACGGCACUUGCCGGAUAUGGGAGUCAGAGAAGGCCGAAGCAAGCAACGGCGUGCUCGAAAGUAGUUCAACCUACACUUUGGGAGACCAUGAUUGUGGCAGGGGCCCAUCGCGAGUCAAUGAUUUGAUCAUUCUUGAAGGAAGUCAUUCUGCCGCUUCUGCAGGCAGCGAUGGAUCUAUUCGUGUGUGGCGAGUAGACCUAGUGUCUUCGUCUUCGACAAAUCUAAUAGACGCCAAAAGGGACGCACGACGAGUGGCUGGUUCUACAGAUAUUAAACAGAUCCAUCCUUUGGAGGGAGAAGUACUUACCGUGAAUCAGUUCAACAGCCAAGGAUCGUCACUCUUGACAUACGCAACGCAAAAGGGGCAUAUACACUCGUGGGACCUGAGAAGUGCGAAGGAACCAUUCUGCCUCAAAAACUUUCAAGAUACUGGUUACAUCACAARCAUGGCAGUUGGAAGUGAUCGAAACUGGGUUGUGGUGGGAACAAAUAGGGGAUACAUUUCRUUGUGGGACCUACGAUUCCAACAAGUUAUGAAAUUGUGGCAUCACAGCCGUUCCGCUCCCAUCAAUCGACUCGCUACCUCAUACGUACCUCCUCCUCAGUCUUGGGUCAGCAAAAGAUCAGUGAAUGUCGAUUCAAAACCAUACAUAUUUGUUGCGUCUGGACCCAACGAGUGUGCAAUGUUUGAUGCAACAACUGGACACUGUAGCGAAUGCUUCCGAACGAUAGAGUAUAAAAGUCGCAGUCCUUCGUUAAGAAUCGAUGAUAUUCCAACCCUAACUGAUGUGCCAUUAUCUACUUCAGUGCGCCGGAAAUUUGUCCAAGCGCAAGGUUUAGGGCUGGGAAGACUAUCCAAUGCUAUCAAAACAUCCUUUGAAUCAGUGAAUUGUAUGGUUGGCAGCACUGGGAAUAGUGAUAGGAGCUUUUUGAUUACCGGUGGGARUGACCGUCGCAUUCGAUUCUGGGAUUUUUCAAUGCCUUCAAAAUGCCACGUUACAAACGGUCUUGAUCCGUUACAACCGCGCCCAACCUUCGAACGAAUCGAUUAUAAUAAUAAUUCUCGAUUGAUGUUGUGCCAUCAAGCUCCAGCGCCUGCAUUGGGCGAGGUGGAUUCUUCCAGAGUCCCAAGGAAAUUGUUUCAGGGCACCCGCUCGAUGCCACAAGGGCACCACGAUUCGAUUUGCGAUUUGAAAUUUUUGAAGAAUAGCCUACUAAGCUGCUCUCGUGAUUGUACAGUAAAACUAUGGCGGUGAGCGAGUUCUCCUCAUUGAACUCGAUCUAGAAAACUAACUUUGAUCUAAUAGACAAAAACAGUUUUC